GCGACUGGUGGUGCUAGGUCAAGAGAAAGAUAUGAAGUGAUAGGAUAGAUAGAAGAGAUUUGAUAGUUAAAAGUAUAGAGAACGAUAAAAGUUAAGCCAGCUUCGUUUUCACCUCUUCAAUUCAGACCUCUCCGGUUAAGGUAGCCGCGGCAGGCAUAGCAAUGGGAAUCACUAGCGGUUACUUGGAGUUGGGCACCUAACAGUGAUUAGAAGUUAUCACAACAGUAUGUCACUAUGAAUGGGGAACCAUUGAACCAGCACAUCCCUCAGCGGACCCCGUCCAAGUUUGUCAGUCAGGCCUUCAGCUUUCUGAACAGCUAUGAGACUGAUUUAGCGGAUAUAGACAACAAGCCAAAACUCAUAGAGGAUUGUGACGAAAAUUCUGAAUACAGGAUAGAAACAUAUGUAGAUCACGAAGAGGACGUUAGGAGAACUACCAGUAAUGGAUUGGAAAGAAAGUUGGAUAAUCCUACAGGAAAUGGAUUGGAAAGAAAGGUGGAUGAUAAUAAAUCAGAAGCAUUAGAAGAUUGGAAAAAGAGUAAAGACGAGAUGGCAUUUGAUGUUAAAGAUGGCAGUGUACUGAUAAAAGUAUCUGGGGUCAGUCUUAAAAGUAAGUCAGUUAUUGAGGAAGAUGAUUUGACAACUGGGACAUCCCAAAAUAAAAUUAAGCCUAAAGAAAUGAAAACUGGAACAUCAAAACAAAGGAAUGCGCCACGUGAUGACCUUCCUUAUAAGAUAAACCCAGUGUAUGAAGUGGCUGAAGACGAACAUGUUGAUAAUGAAAGCACUGGUGAUGUGGAUGGAGUUGAAAAAAAUGCUAAUGGAGUUGAAAAAAAUUCUAAUGAUAGCUUGAAGCCAAGCAUAGGUAAAAACAAUGAUGCAAGUGUAGAGCUGGAGAAGUACCAAAAUGAAAGUGCGAUCACAACUUCCUGUGUGGAGGAACCCAAAAAUGCAGAUGGUGAUGAUGAUGUGCUUGAGAAGGAAGCUUGCAUUGUUGUGAAAGCUGAAGCAAACAUGAGCAUGGCAACAGAAUUUGAACAGAUUGGUAGAAGUCUGCAAUACAAGACAGAAGACUGUGAUGCACAUUUAAAGGAAGAUAUAGCAGCUGUAACAGUGGAAGAGGAGGUUGUUGAACUCAGAAAAUCUUUAUCGCCACAUGACCGCAUUUCCAGGCAACCAACAUGGAAAGUCAAUCAACAUGUUGUUAGUGAGGCAUUUCAAUUUUUAGCCAUUGAGGAGGGAGAUGCAAACACAGAUUCGCUGUUUACUGACAGCAUUGAUUUUAAUGGUUUGCAACCAUUUGGAGAAAAAACAGACGCAUGUCAGUCUAGUGAUCCCUCUGCUGUUAGAAUUGCUGAAAGGCCCUCAGUGGAAGUGAUAGUAGAAGACUUCUGUGAAAAUGGCGGUCUAAAAGAAAGCAAUGAUAAUGAUGAUGGCGGUGAUUAUAAACAGGAAUCAAAAGAUAAAGUGGGUAAGCUACAGGAAAGGAGGAGACCUGGAAAAAAGAAGACAAAAUCAGUUGAUGAUGAUGAUGACGGGUCAUCUGAUGAAGAUAAAGGAGUAUACAGGGAGAGUUUCCGUAACUCCAAAUGGCUCUAUGUUGGUGAGGUGGAACACAAUGGCAUGUUGACAGAUGAAGGGCCAGACACAGAUGCUGUAUUCCCAGAAGACAGUUUUGAUGCUGCACUGAGUCCACUCACCCCCACACAUAAGCGCAACAUUUCCACAUCAACGACAGCUUCGGAAAUGGCGUUUCGUAAUCAUUACAGCUCCAUCAACAAACGAAUUGUGAAGAGAGCCGACAGCCAAGAGGAGUACAAACGCUACACAACUACAGCUUAUGACAAUGUGAAGGUGCUAAAAAUAGAGCGGGACUCACAGACUGAGUUUGGUAUCCAUGUGUUGGACUGCAAACCUGCCAUCAUAUCUGGAGUGGACAAAGGAAGCCCUGCAGAGAAAGUUGGUCUGAAGGAAGGGCAGGUCCUCAUUGCUAUAAAUGGAGUGAAUGUCUUGGAGCUGAACCAUCAGGCCAUAGUGGACCUUGUGCACAGAGAUUCUAGGACCUUGACUGUCGAGGUGGGUAAUGCAGAUCUCACAAACAUCAUCGAUCUCCAAGAACCGGUUAAAAGCGGUUCCCUUCACAAACAGACAACGUCCCUCUUCAAAUCAUGGAAAAAGCGUUACUUCAUCCUGCGUAAAGACAGCUGCCUGUACUACUACAAAAAUGACCAGGAGACAGACCCCCUUGGUGCGAUUCCACUGAAUGGAUAUGUGGUUACUAGGUAUGGGGACCUGAAUAAGUUUGGCUUCAAGGCUGAUAAGUUCAACAGCAGGACCAUGCGUUUCUCGGCGGACAGUAGGGCUGACAUGACAAGCUGGGUUGAAGCAAUGAACAAUGCGGCUAAACAGGAUGUGAAUCAGGACCCAUGGUUAGAUGUCACUGCACAGAAUGUUGGUCUACCUGCCCUGUCAAUAAAGAACGCGGAUUGCUGUGGAAAUCUGCAAAAGAUGACUCGUACAACACGUCGAUGGAGAAAGCGAUAUUGUGUACUUAAAGACGCCUGCAUUUACUACUACAAAGAUUGUAAAUCUAGACAGGCUGAUGGUGUUGCCCAUCUCCAUGGUUACAAGGUGGACGGUGGCGACGCUGGGGGCAAGAAGUACAGCUUCAGUUUGAUACCUCCGGAGCCACAGAUGCGCAGGUUUAACUUCUGCACCGAUAAUGACACAGACAAAUUGAGGUGGAUUCGUGCCUUCAAUAACUCAAUCAAGAAAUGGGUGAAAGUGGAGUGACCAAUAAGUGAUUUUCUUUGCUGCAAGAAUUGAUUUUUUUUUCUGUUCAUAUAUUGACAAUCACACAAUUUGAGAAAUUACUUAAUCAUAAUUAAUGGUUGUAUAAAUGCCCUGUGAUGUUGUGGUGUAUUGUUUAUUCAAGAGCAUUUAGAUAUCUUUUUAUAUCAGAAUUAAUCAUAUAAUAAUAAAAGAAUAUUCUCACUACUGUUAAAAAGCAAGACUGUUUUUAUUGUAUUUUUUAUUGUAGCUGCAAUAUAAUGUAUAUUUUGAAUAAAUGGCCAUAUUUUCUUUAUACUCUCAGCAUUAUACAAGUUAAUGUUGCUAUAUGUUUUGUUUUGUUUUUAACUUUUGUUAAACCUAAUAUUCAUUCCAUCGGCUUUAAUGAUUAUAUUGCUUUAUUAACUGUUUAUAGUAAACUCUAUUGUGCCAUAUUGUUCUGAAGUUAAUGUGUUGUUAUCCCCCGCCAUAUGCAGAGGGAUAUUGUUUUGGCCUUGUCCGUCCUUCCGUCUGUCCGGAACUUUUGUGUCCGGAGCCAUAUCUUGGAAGUGCUGUGGCAGAUUUCAUUGAAACUUGGUAUGAGUAUAUAUAUGGAUGAAAGGAUGAUGCACGCCAAAUGUCAUUGUACACCAUCUGUUAAUAAGGAGUUAUAGCCCUUUGUAUCUUGAAAAAAUGCUUUUUUGUGUCCAAAGCCAUGUCUUGGAAGUGCUUUGGCGGAUUUCAUUGAAACUUGGAAUGAGUAUAUAUAUAUGCAUAAGAGGUUGAUGCACGCCAAAUGGCAUUGUACACCAUUCAAUGAUAAUGGAGUUAUGGCCCUUUUUAUCUUGAAAAAAUGCUUUUAUGUGUGUGUCCGGAGCCAUAUCUUGGAAGUGCUUUGACGGAUUUCAUUGAAACUUGGUAUGAGUAUAUAUAUGGAUAAGAGGAUGAUGCAGUUGGCGUUGUCCAUCCGUCCAGAAAACUUUUGUGUCCAGAAGUUUAUUGGCGGGGGAUAUCAAUUCAACGAAUAUGCUUGUUGAUUUAUGUGAUUGAACUUGCCCUAAUGAAUGUCAGAAUAUACCUUAAAUUAUUUUUUAUGAGAAAAUAUACAUUUUCAUUUAAUAAAUGCGAUGUAGUUGUUUUCCAACAUCAGACUGCCUAUAUAUCGUUGUACUUGUUCUACAUGAUGACAACUGUUAUUUUAUCUAUACAAACAAAUGUGAAAUGGUUGUACCUGUUCUCAAACUUAUCACAAGUCCCAAACAAACUCAUUACAAGUCACAUAUCAAACAAUUGCCUUAUAAAACAUAUCAUAAUACCCCCACAGGGAGGGGAGCAUAUUGGUGCAACUCGGGCUGUUCGUUUGUUGGUCAAUAGGUACAUCCACAUUUAUUUGUUAAUUGCUCAAGCAAUUUAAUUGUAACUGAAAAGUGGAGACACUGUGGAGUUCAAAUAAGCGAGACGCCCAUUUAAUACUCAGAUACUGAUGAGCAGCAAACAGCAUAAAACCUGAACAGAAUGGAAGUUACUUGCAGGCUGUUCUGGUUGUAUGCUGUUUGCACAUAGCCACUUUCACUUUGUUUCUGAGUGGAAAUGGGUUAAAUUAUGAGUGUUGUGGUAAUGUAUUAUACCCUGUAUUGCAUUCCUAUGAUAUACAAUUAUUUGUAUUCAAAAGACACAUUCAAAUAUAUUGUUUUCAAAAUUUUAUUUACAUGGAAAAACAAUGGACUUCCAUCAAUUUUUGGUACACUUUUGUUUUUAUGUUGUAUGAAAAUGUCUGAUCUUUCAGAUAUACCAUUCCUUUUGAGAUUGGUUUGGAAAAACCAUGUGUUUGUUGCAAUAAAAAUGUAUUUUGUGUGCAUAUAAUGUAUACAUACUUUGAAAAUAAUGUCUUCCUUUAUUGUAGAUGCGGUUGUUUUGAUGUUGUACAAAACAGUCUUAAAGGAAUGUGUGUUAAAAUUAAAUAUUGUGAAUGUGUAGCUUGUAAAUUUUGUCUGUGGGUGUAGUUAAAGAAAUGAAAAGGGAUCUCUUGGAUCAUAAGUGUUUAUUGUAAACUGAGUCGUAAUUGUGUUUUAGUUUAAAAUUGUAUUCAACUUAAACACUUUCAUGAAAUAAAAAAAAUCAGAAAAUUCAGAUAAUACAAUGCCAUGCUGUUUCUAGCAUGUAAUAUUUGAAAAUUUAAUGUGUUCCAAAAAUCAUUUAAUUGGAUCUCCCAUAAUUUCUUUCUCUGUUUUAAAUGUUAAUGUGUAUUUUUAUUGAACGUUUUGUUAUUGACUGCUCACAUAGUGUUGAUAUUGAGUUUGCCUGAGCAUAUCCUGCUAAUGGUGAACUUUUGUGAUUGCCUUUUGUCUGUCUUUUGUUGUCCUUUGAAGACAUCUCGGCCGCCUUUGAAAAUGGAUCCAGAUGAAAACACGUUUUAAGGCUCGCCCAAUAUAAACCUGACCCUGACCUUUAUGUGUGCAUUUAUUAGUCCCCUACCAGUGAAACCUGAGAGGGACUUAUGGUUUGCGCUCUGUCAGUCUGUCACACUUUUCGUGAUCCUGCGAUAACUUUAAAAGUUCUUCAUAUUUUUUCAUGAAACUUGAAACAUGGACAGAUGGCAAUAUGGAGAUUAUGCACGUCAUUUCAUGUUGUUCCUACGUCAAGAAUUCUGGUUGCUAUGGCAACAAAUAGACAAGAAGUAUUGCUGAAAGUGGUGGAUCCUGCGAUAACUUUAAAUGUUCUUCAUAUUUUUUCAUGAAACUUGAAACAUGGAUAGAUGGCAAUAUGUAGAGGUAGGGAACUUUUAUUGCUUGGCAAUAGUCUUGUUAAAUUACCAUUAUGAUGAAUAGAUAAGUUAUUAUUAAUCAAGUUAAUUUGGUUGAAGCAUACCUAAAUAAGAAUAUUGUUUAGUCGCAAUUAUUCUAUUAAUAACUAGACUUCAAUGUCAUAUUGCAGAACAUGACUGUAAGAACCCAUGACUUUACAUCUAUUUCAAAAGCUGCAUUUACAAUGGUCAAAACGUUUGUCGCAAUUGUGUUUUGUCGGCUUUAAGCCUUUCAGUGCGGGAACCGAAUUUUAAAGGCCUUUGCAAACAGUUUGGAUCCAGAUGAGACGCCACAGAACGUGGCGUCUCAUCAGGAUCCAAACUGUUUGCUAUUCUGAUAGUAUUCUUUGAAAAAAAAUCGAAGAAAAUGCUAAUUUUAGAAAUUCAACAGACGACAUUUCAGCAGACGACAAAUUAUCCCAGCAUGCAAAGGGUUAAUACUGGUUCCUAUAGUGUCAAAAACUAAAUCACACGGAUAUGCUUAUCAACAAUCUAGGAGCGUCAUGUACAUCGAAAUCUUCAAGAAAUUGUUUAGAAUAUUGAUUUUUUUCAAAUGAUAUCAAUAUAAAUGUUCAAAACAGUGUUUAAAAAACCUAGUCACUCUUAAGGUAAGCUUGAAUGUUACGCUUGGCUUUGUGUUAUUCUUGGCAAAUUUCUGAUUUCUUUCUUUAAACAUUUGUUUCAUUAACCAUGCCAACAUUUUACUUUGAAAACAGUGAAUAGCGAUUUGUUUUUUCUCUGUUAUCUUUCUUUAAACAUUUGUUUCAUUAACCAUGCCAACAUUUUACUUUGAAAACAGUAAAUAGUGAUUUGUUUUUUCUCUGUUAUCUUUCUUUAAACAUUUGUUUCAUUAACCAUGCCAACAUUUUACUUUGAAAACUGUGAAUAGGGAUUUGUUUUUUCUCUGUUAUAAGUUAACCUCCUUACAUUUUGAAAUAGAAAUAAAAUCAACCUUAAAUAAUAUAAUAAAAAAGCUGAUUAAAUACCACUGUGCAAUAUCUUCAAACGAAAGAAUGUUUUAAAUAUUGUAAAUUUAUAUAUGUGUGCAGAUAUAAUAUCAGAGGAAAAUAUUCAUUAAUUUAUUCAUUAAAAUAUUCAUCGUUGUUCAAUUUACGUGGUUACAAUGUCAUAUAACAAUAUAUACAUAAUCUUAUAUCCAACUAGAGUAAGUUUAUAAUGUAAUGACGUAUUUUUGCUCACGUUUUUAGCUCACCUGAGCAUAACGUGCUCAUGGUGAGCUUUUGUGAUUGCUUUUUGUCUGUCGUCUCUUGUGCGUUGUGUGGCAUCAACAUUUGCCUUGUUAACUCUCUAGAGGCCAAAUUUAUUGUCCAAUCUUUAUUAAAUUUGAUCAAAAGAUUGGUUUUAAUGAUAUCUUAGAUGAGUUCGAAAAUGGUUACGUUUGCUUGAAAAAUAUGGCUGCCAAGGGGCUGGGCAUUUUUCCUUAUAUGGCUAUAUAUGGCUGUAGUAAAAUCUUGUUAACACUCUAGAGGCCACAUUUACUGUCCGAUCUUCAUGAAACUUGGUCAGAAGAUUCAUCCCGAUAAUAACUUCGAGGAGUUCAAAGUUGAUGACGGUUGGUUAAAAAAAAUGGCUGCCAGGGGGCGGGGCAUUUUUCCUUAUAUGGCUAUAGUAAAACUUUGUAAACACUCUACAGGCCACAUUUAUUUUCCGAUCUUCGUGAAACUUGGUCAGAAGAUUUGUCCCAAUAAUAUCUUGUUAUCUCAGGUGAGCGACUUUGAGCCUUUUAGGCACUCUUGUUUUUUGUAUUUUAUAAGAAAUUUUAUAUCGUUCUUUGUAUAUCUAUUAUAUUUCAUUCGUUAAAGUGUCAAUAUAAACAUUAUUGAUAUAUAUUUUAUACCCGUGUUGUGCUUAAUUCUCUUUUAAUAUUGUUGUUAUUUUGUACAAGUCUAUAUUUUACCGUAAACUUGUAUGUUGUUAUAUACAGACUAUGUGUAAUACUGUAAGGCAGUGUGUGUUUAUCAUAUAAAAAGCUAAUUGUUGACCUACAACUUUGCUACGUCAGCGUUAUCGAUAGAAAAAUGGGCCCUAUGAUUUUUAAAUUCACUUUCCAAAUUCCUCCGUAUACAUCGCCAGAAACGUCGUGUAUCAAUACUCACUUCUGAAGUUCAAGUAUGUGCAAGUAAAUUCUCGGGUGACAUUUGAAUAAUUGUUUCACUUUUGUGUUUAAUACAUUUCCAAUGUGACUAAUAUAACUAGGAAAUGUGCGUAUUUGGUACACUGCAGUAUUGACAAUCGAACUAAAGGACGCUCAGUGAGGUAUAGACAAUCACGGUAUUAUUUAAAACGUAAAAUGGUAAUACCAAACUUGACAAAUAAAAACGCACAUAUAAGAUGUUAUGCUAAAUGAUGGCCUUUUUAAAUAUUCAUUUUUAAAAUGCGUUAAGUUUGGGUAUUGUGUUAUAGUAGCUCUUAUUUACAUAUGUUUAACAAUAUAUAUUAAUAAUUGCAUGUUUUAAGAAAUCGAUGUAUUUGUAUAUUAAUGUGAUUGUCUUAAUCAAUAGUUUAACUCAUUUAAGCAAUAAAUAUUUGUGUAAA